AUGGUUGAUGUGGCGUCACCAUUGCACGUGCUUCCCGCCAUUGAGGCUGUUCCCGCAACAGUACUACUGUUACUCUACCCUCGGUCGCUCAAACGCAGACGAAAUGGGAAGAUGUUCCAGAAGAUCAAGAAACACAACGAGUCAGUGGAGCCUGUUCAUCAAAUUAAGACAUCCAUGGAACUUGAACAAGUCAUGUUCCCUGAACUGGAGACCAUUGUCAACUGUCCGGACUACGUGUUCUUGAGCAAGGACUGGUCCCGGUCUAAGGGCCUGACCAGCAAAGAGACCUGCGUGGACGUCUACAGCAAGAAGGUCAAGCCAGGGGGAGUGGCCAUUUGUGCUUGGGGUGAAGGCGGUGCCGCAGGGAAGACAGCCGAUGGUGACGUCAUAUCUAUACCAGCGUUCCUGCAGCCACAUGUUAUUGAUACAGUCGGUUGUGGCGACGCCUUCGUUGGCAGCGUCACUGCAGCACUUUCCUCCGGAAAGAGUUUGAGCGAUGCCAUUCAGUUUGGAUGCCGCGUUGCCGGUGCGAAAUGUGCUAUUAAAGGCUUUAAUGAUCUGAAACGGUUUGGCAGCAUAUUGGAAGACUCUAGUGUUGGAUCAUGA